GUUCAACAUUGUCUCGACAAGUAACCUCUCUCCAGCGUGGCACUGUCUUUUAAGACGAGUGGGCUGUUUGUUUUAGCGGAUGAAAGCUCGAUUUCUUUGACAAAUUAUACACAGUGAGAAGUCGUAUGCAACCCGCUUGAGGAUUUACGGAUUAAUCUCAGUGAAAAAUCGUGGGAUCUUGGUUCUUUCCUCGACGGGCCCGGAUACAGCUUGAUACCCAUAGAGAGACUCAACUCAGGUCCUCUCGUCCUGACAUGGACACAGGAAUUGUACCAGAAAAGAAAAGGGUGAGCUCGGAGCGCAGAAAGGAAAAGUCAAGGGAUGCCGCGCGAUGCCGGCGUGGGAAGGAGUCUGAGGUGUUCUACCAGCUGGCCCAGGAGCUGCCCCUGCCCCACAGCGUCAGCUCCAGCCUGGACAAGGCCUCCAUAAUGAGGCUUACCAUCAGCUACCUGCGUAUGAGAAAGCUGCUUAAAAAUGAUGAGCCAGUGGCAGAGGAGGAAACAGAUCUUGAUUUCCAGCUCAACAGCUCUUACCUAAAGGCACUGGAGGGCUUCCUCAUGGUGCUGUCUGAAGACGGAGACAUGAUCUAUCUCUCCGAGAAUAUCAACAAGUGCCUUGGGCUGGCACAGUUUGACCUGACUGGACACAGUGUGUUUGACUUCAUACAUCCCUGUGACCACGAGGAGCUGAGGGAGAUGCUGGUCCACAGAACAGGCUCCAAAAAAGCCAAGGAACCAAACACAGAGCGCAACUUCUUCCUCCGAAUGAAAUGCACUCUGACAAGCAGGGGACGCACCGUCAACGUCAAGUCCGCUACAUGGAAGGUGCUCCACUGCUCAGGUCAUGUCCGUGUAUUUGACAGCCACACUGAGCAGACUCCCAACGGCCGAAGGGAGCCACCUGUCCCGUACCUGGUUUUGAUCUGUGACCCCAUCCCACACCCCUCCAACAUUGAGGUCCCUCUGGACACCAAGACCUUUCUCAGCCGCCACACAAUGGACAUGAAGUUCACGUAUUGUGAUGAGAGAAUCACUGAGCUCAUGGGUUAUGAUCCAGAGGACCUGCUGAAUCGUUCUGUGUAUGAGUACUAUCAUGCUCAGGACUCAGACCAUCUCACCAAGACCCACCACAACUUGUUUGCAAAGGGCCAGGUCUGCACAGGCCAGUACCGAAUGUUGGCCAAGAGAGGAGGCUUUGUGUGGGUGGAAACCCAAGCCACUGUCAUCUACAACAACAAGAACUCCCAGCCACAGUGUGUCGUCUGUGUCAACUUUGUACUCAGUGGCAUCCAGGAGGAGAAGCUGAUCCUGUCUCUGGAGCAGACCGAAGAUGUGAAGCCAGUGAAGGAGGAGCUGCCGCAGGAGGAAGAAAAGGCUGCUGUCGAGAACGGCCAACCCGAGAUGUCUUUAACCCUGCCGAAGGAGGAGGUGGAGGAGAAGAACCCAGAGGUGGAUGUAAUCAAACUGUUCACUCAGGCGGUAGAGGUCCAGCCGCUGGCUAGCCUGUACGACCAGCUGAAAGAAGAGCCCGAGGCCCUCACCCUGCUGGCCCCAGCCGCCGGAGACACCAUCAUCUCCCUGGACUUCAGCUGCCCUGAUGCAGAGAUCCAGCUGCUGAAGGAUGUCCCUCUAUACAAUGAUGUAAUGCUCCCCUCCACCAGUGACAAGCUGGUUCUGUCCCCUCUGCCGCCCAGCGAGCCUCUCCACGUCACCACCACCACCUCUGAGGAAGCAAAAGCUGAACGCUAUGCUCCAGCCCCGUCCUCUACACCGGCCAGCUCCACAGAGGCUGACAGCCCGCUGGACUUUUGUUUUCCCAUGGACUCCGACAUGAGCUCAGAUUUCAAACUUGACUUGGUGGAGAAGCUGUUUGCCAUUGAUACAGAGCCCAAGACCCCCUUCACCACACCUGCAAUGGAAGACUUAGAUCUGGAGAUGUUGGCUCCCUACAUCCCGAUGGACGAUGACUUCCAGCUGCGCAGUCUGCCACCAGACGAGCCUCUAUCUUGUGGGCCAGUCAAACCCCUUCAGAGUUCUCCAGUCCGUGUCACACAGGACAUUCACAGCUAUCCCAGCUCCCCAUUCAGCUCACCAGGCAGUCGCACAGCUUCCCCAGCACCACCCGAGCCAGUAAAAGCCCCUCACCUCGCCACCAUCCUUGCCAAGAGGACCACACAGCUGGACAAAGAAGUCUCGCUCAGGACCCUGGCAGCUCAGAACACACAACGCAAAAGAAAGCUGGGUGACAUAAAAGAGAUGAUUGGACAGGGAACUGUGCACCAGGAACAACUGGAGCAGGGCAAGAAGCUGAAGGCCUCAGAGUCAGGAACAACCAGGACCAUACUUGUGCUGCCUUCAGAUUUGGCGAGCCGUCUGCUGGGCAGCACGUCAGAGGGCACCAGUGCCCUCCUCACCCUGCCGCAGCUCACCCGCGACGACUGCGAGGUCAACGCCCCCUUACAGGGUCGUCAGUACCUGCUGCAGGGCGAGGAGCUGCUGCGCGCUCUGGACCACGUCAACUGAGUCAAUGCUUAGCCUGCUCACUGCUGAACUAGACUGGACACUACAAUUUCUCCCCCAUGUUGUCACUUCCUCUUCAAGACCCCCACCCACCCAACCCCACUGCCCCUUAUUUAUGUACCUGUGUGAGUUUGACUAUAGUUUGGCUGCCGUUUGUGCACAUCAUGUGAUAUCUGCAGCAUUCCACCGUGACAAACGCCAUAGCAGCAUCUGGGUUUUGGUGCAAGGGAUUCAGGCAUCUUGAGAUGUCAAAUUGUCUUCUUCUUUUUUUUUUUUUUCCUCUCUCUUCCGGGGAAUCUCUCAGCACACAGCGCCUCGAUAGAUGACCCUUUUCCAGCCGGUCACCACAGAACCUGGCGCUACUGCCAGCAGUGUAUUGUAAGCUUCAGUCGCACAAUUUAUAUUUUCUUAAAAAGAAAAAUAUUACCAGCAAUAUAUAUUAAGCCUUUUUAAAGUCGUUUUAAUGGGAUUUGAACAAUUUUAUUUUUCCUCCCAUACUUGUAUGUUGUAGUACUCGUACUUAACAAAUGUCUCUAGUCCAGAAGUAUGAACAUAUUGUUUAAACCUUAGGUGGUUUGAAUGUUAUCUCCAUUUAAUAGCUAUCAGUCUUUGAGGUAAAUGCAUUUAAUUGUGUAGCAGUCCAGUACAUGUCACUUAAUUACUUUACUGUAAGUGUGUGUUACUGUACAUAUACCAGGGAUAUUUUAAUUUACUCAGUAUGGCUUCACAGCUUUGACUCUUGCUCUCAAAAUGAAAUACGAGUCUUCACUUUUUCUUCUCAUCAUGGAGAAUUGGCAUUUCUCUUUAACAUGAAGUGAAUUCAUGUUUUUGGUUUUUACUGUGUGCAACAUGCUCAAAAGAGUGUUUAAAAUAAGUGGGAUCUCAGCAAUUCACAUUUUAUUUGUGUGAUCAUUGUCAUCAUAGUUGCAUUUGUGAGUUGUCAAACUUAUUUGCUCAGUUAAUGGUUGUCAGUUUAAUACCAUUUAUCCAUGCAAUAUUGUUGGGUCUGUCAUGCUUCUUGUUGCUGUCUAACAUUAAAUGGCUUUAAUAAAGUACAUUGUUUCAG